AUGGCACUGCUUAGACGUAUCUCAAAUAUGGUCGGAAGAAGUUCAAAAUAUUAUAAAGCAAAUAGUGGACUGCAAAAACUGAAGUAUUCCGAAGGCGUAAAACAAGCACACAAAGAACAAAAUUCGAAUAUUUUGUUUGCUAUGAAUUGGGAAGAUGUUGCACCAAUAAGACAUGCAAUGAAAAUCAAAAGUGGUGAUAGAAUCUUCACGAUUGCAUCAUGUGGUGCCAAUGCUAUGACCCUUCUACUCGAUGAUCCCGCUGAAGUUGUGGCCCUUGAUUUAUCAAUUCCACAGUUGCACAUGGCAAAGUUACAAGCAGCUUGCGUCAAACAUCUGUCAUACCAAGAAUUUAUUGACUUUGCUGGAGUUGACAGAGAAAAUGUUAAACCAGAGAAACGUGUCCGAAUAUAUAAAGAAAUCAGGAAAGCACUGGCACCAGAUGCAAGAGAGUUUUGGGACUCAAUGAAAUCUGAAAUAGAGUUUGGCGUUAUACAUUGUGGAACACAGGAAACAAUCUUUAGAAAUGCAGCCGAGGAUAUGGUGCAUGUUGCACUUGAUAAACGUGAUAUCAAAACAUUUCUGGGAAUGGGGGAUAAUAUUGAGGAACAGGCCAAUUUCUUUGAAGAAGUGAUUAACACAAAACACUGGAGAAAAGCAAUGUAUAGGAGGGCCUACUAUCAGAUGAAGGAUUUCGAUUAUUCCAUCAUACCAGAUGUGGACUAUGGAACAUUAUUCUACCGAAGAAUGGUAGACAUUUAUAAGUCCAUUCCGAUGAAGGAAAAUCAUUUUGCUGAAUACUUUUUCACUGGCGGAUACUCUGGGAAAUACAAGCUCAGAGAAUAUCUCCAAGAGGAGAACUUUACAACGCUGAAAGAUCGCAUUGGACGUAUGCAGUGGGUCCAUGGAGAACUCACCGAUUGGCUUGCCAAGUACCCAAGUACUCAACAACCAAAGUUUGAUGGCAUCUGUGUAUCCAACAUAGCAGAUUGGUUGUCCCUAGCCAACCACAAUGCAGCAAUUGAAUCAGCUGCUAAAAUCAGCAAUCCGGGUGGAAGAAUUGUGUUUUGGAAUUUGAAAGGAAUGCCGAAAUACUGGCCAAGUGAAAUGAUCGAUAAGACCAUUAAGAUUGAACAUGAUUUAGAAAUUUCUGCAUCACUACUAGAUCGUUCUCCAAAUUGGGAGCCACUCAGGGUGGCCACAGUAUUAUAAACAUGUUUGGAAUUAAUGUACACUUUCUAUUACUUGUAGCAAUUGACUACAUUGUGCAUGGUGUGGCAAGAAUUACCGUCGCCUGUUAUACCUAUUUCUUAUCAUACAAUUUACAUCCUUAACAGUUGAACCCAUUGUAUGCUUGUAACAUUCACAUAUGAUAUAGACAACAUUUCUUAGGUGACACGGUGUAAGUACAUGAAGUAUCAUACGGUGAAACUUCAAGUGGAACACUUAUAGAAGUAUAAGACCCCUGGAAUAUAUUUUAUAGGUACCAAGGAUGUUCCCCUUAGACAGGUUUAACUGCAUAAUCAUGUUUGCUCAAUCUGAUGUCAAUAGCAGCUAUUUUAAAUGUUGGAAGAUGUUUACAUUAGCUAUAAUGUCGGGAUGAUGAUUUUAUCACUGAGGUCUUGAAAAUAUGACUGAGCGUUCUCAUAGAUUCAUUUUAUUUGGCAUAUGAUUUAAUCGAUAUAGAUAAUCUAUAUAUGCUUUGCAUUUCUCUCGAUUUUGGGAAGUUACGGCCGCCGUGCAUUGCCGUAGAUCAAAUGUGACUGGGUCAUUACUAUACAUUGAAACCCCCUAGAAUCGUAUUUUAGCAAGACUCAAGAACAUGUGUAUAUUUCUAUAUAUAUUUCAUAUCAUUUAUUUCAAUGUUGGCGUCAUAUCUUUUUAUUAGAAUAAAUAAGACACAUAAUCAGACACAGAAAUUAAUUAACUGAUUUUAACUACAGCAUAGGCUUAAUCAUGAGCUUUCAAUUAGAAAACCCAUGGCUUAAUCGAACUAGGCUUUUGUUUUUUUACAGUCUGUCAUACUGACUUUAUAUUAAAACCCCAUGCAUUAUUAUGCAUUAUACUUUCAGAAUAAUUUAUCUUUUAAAGGUGAAAUUCUGUAGAUGAUGAUCAAAAUUCAAAGAUAUUGCAAAUGCGUGGAUAAAAACUAUUCUGUGUGCUCUACGGAAAUGGAAACUGGGAGUCAUACUUUUUUGCCCUUAUGUCUACUUCUCUUUCCAGGUAGCUUAUUAGACGAGAUAAUGAAUUGGGAAAUUAUGAACAUUUCAUCGAAGCAUAUGAAAUGUAACAAUGAUUUUGCAAUUGGUAAGAUGUCAACACCUGCAAAUGUAUUGUAACACUUUGUAACAGAUAUCAAUCAAAAACAACAAUAAUAUGUCA